UGAUAAAUUACAGGUGGCAAAGUCUGCCAAAUGGAAGUAGAAUCAUGCCAGUCUGGAGCCAAGUUAUUUGGAGAACUAAUACAAAUGAAAAUAGUUUUUCCAGUGAAUUAACUUGUUACAAAAUACCAUAAACAUUAAGGCAUUUGUUGAAUACCUUUGAAAAUUCAGUUAAUUAUUUACAAAACUAGUACUUAGGGAGUUUUCACAGCUGGUGGAAACUGUAAAUGGAGACAGUAAAGAAGAUGAGAUUUAAAAGCUAUUUUAUCUUCCUAGUUAUGGUGUGCCCAAGGAAACUCUUUGCAGAAGAUACACCUUGUGAUUUGCCACAGAUAGAAAAUGGAAACCUUCCCCAGUACUAUUACAGUUUCAAAAGUUACUAUUUCCCUAUGCAUAAAGGAAAAAAGCUCUCCUAUUCUUGCGUGGUUGGUUACACAACUGAAAGUGGGACUCAAGAUGGAAGAAUAACUUGUACAGCAAAAGGAUGGUCUCCAUGGCCUCGAUGCUACAGAAAAUGCACCAAGCCUCUUUUGGAAAAUGGCUCUUUUUACAGCACAGAAAUGGACUUCAAAAUCCAUGAGAAACUGCAAUACAAAUGUAAUCCAGGUUACCUUACCCCAGGUGGUGCUGCUGAAGAUACAGUGCAGUGUCAGCCACAAGGAUGGUCCUCCCAGCCAAGCUGUACUAAAACACUUGGGCGGUGCCAGGUGCCGCGGCUGGAGCACGGCAGCUAUGCAGACACGGCGCGGGAGGUGCGGCGGAACGGGACCGUGCGCUACCGCUGCCGGCCGGGGUUCCGCUCCGCCACCGGGAGCGCCGCCGCCACCGCGCUGUGCCUCCCCCACGGAUGGGAUCUGCCCCCACGCUGCACCAGGAUAACCUGCUCCGCUUUGAGUGAAGUAGCUCAUGGAGGUUUCUAUCCUGUGAAGAAAAGCUAUGAAGAAGGAGAUGUAGUUCACUUUUUCUGUGACAAACAUUAUUCUGUCACUGGGUUUGAUUUAAUUCAGUGCUAUAAUUUUGGGUGGUAUCCAGACCCUCCAGUGUGUGAAGAUGUAAAAAAUAAAUGUCCUCCACCACCACUCCCUCAUGGCCAUAUCAGCACAGCCAGAAGAACAUAUCAUAAUGGAGACAAAGUUAAUGUACAGUGCACCUUGGGAAGGAGAGGAUCUGAGGAAAUCCAGUGUGAAGGAGGAAAAUGGACAUCACCCUCUAUCUGUAUUGGAGCUGUGGAUAACCAGGAAUCUGGGACAGCACCACCACUACUCGAGGCAGAUGCAGAAAAAAGGGCAAACCAAACACAUCACAAUGAAGAUUUGAAAAUGCAGCAAGACUGUGCCUCUCCACCUGUGGUUAAAAAUGGUGCUGUCCUGGGCCCAGUACUGGCAAGUUACAAAAAUGGUUCCUGGGUAGAAUAUGUUUGUCAGUAUUACCACAUUUUGGAUGGGCCCAGUACUGUUUAUUGUCACCAAGGAAACUGGACAGAACAACCAACCUGCUUAGAACCAUGUACUCUGAAUGUAACUGAUAUGGACAGCAACAACUUAACACUGAAAUGGAGACGGGAAGAAUUAGUUUUCCUCCAUGGAGAUCUCAUAGAGUUUGAAUGUAAACAGGGAUUUAGUUUUCUCCAGACUGCCAUUCCAUCUCCUGGGAGGACACAGUGUGACCAAGGCAGACUGAAUUAUCCAAAAUGUGUUAUUCAAGCUGCUACAGAAAAAUGUGGCUCUCCACCCUCUAUUGCAAAUGGAGCUCUGACUGUCCCAGCACUGCCCCAGUAUGACAGUGGCUCUUCAGUUCAGUAUAUUUGCUCUGAGUAUCAUUUUUUGCAAGGCUCUGAGAGAAUCUACUGCUCUGAAGGACAAUGGACCUCACCUCCAGUUUGUAUAGAGCCGUGUACUUUGUCAAAAACUGAAAUGGAAAAAAAUAAUGUGCUGCUACAAGCAUUCUAUGCAGAUCAAGUUUACUUUUACCAUGGGGAUUAUGUUGGAUUUUACUGCAAACAGAACCAUUUUGGAGCAGAAUCUGGCACAACUUUAUUUCAAGUACAGUGUGAGAGAGGACAGCUGGCAUAUCCAAGGUGUGUUGAAAGAGAAAAGCAAGUAUGGACUUGAGGAAAGGCCAUAGGAAAGGUAAGGAGCCUCUAAAGGACUGACCUUGAGGAACAAUAUAAAAGAGCAAAUAUAAAAAAGUUUUUAAGGGAUCUGUAAAGCUACUUAAAACCUAGAAGUAUACAAAUUGACUGAAAAGUUUGGGUUUUUUUUAAACUAUUUUAAGAAUAUUAAAAUGCAAGUACCUGGUAUGAUUUCCUAUAUACUUAAAUAUUGAUACUCUUGAGGGUCUGCCUGAGAACAAGUGUGACUACAACUAUGAAGAAAAUCCAGGAAUGUGGACAAAGUUUGCCUUGCAUCCAUUUUAGUCUGGUUUAAUAAAAAAGCCACUCAAGGG